UGUCUAUUGUUUUUAUUGUGUUCUGUUCUAAGCUAUGGGUUCAUUAUGGAUAUUUCUAUUCUAUUUUCUAUUCUAUCAUAUUCUAAUGUAUUCAAGCAGUAGACAAUACAUAAAAAUCAUUAGAUAUUCUCAAACUACAGUUCCCAUAAGGCACCGUUCAGAAUAGAAUCAGCAUUGGCCACUCCUCCUCCUCCAGUGUGUAUGUUAUGAACUUUGCUCUGCCGUAUUUUUUUCUGUAGGGUUGUAUGUUUGAGCUCAAGUUUGAAACAUUGAUGCUUCUGAACCUGCUGGAGAUGAUCAUGGGAAGCACGUUGGCUAAAUGUGCAGCCAUCGACCUGGCCGUGCAGUGGGUCGGAUGGGGACUAGCGUCUACUCUCAAAACUGAAAAGUUUUACGACUUGGCAGGAUCUGGUACCUAUAUAUUGCUGGCUCAUCUGAGUCGUGUAUGGGGCGGAAAUGGACACCUUAGGCAGAACGUACAAACUGGACUUGUUACUGCCUGGGGACUGAGACUCGGGACAUUUCUCUUUCUUAGAAUCUUAAAGGAAGGACAAGACCGGAGGUUUAACAAUGUCAGAGACAGCCCUGGGACAUUCUUUGUGUACUGGACCAUGCAAGCUCUGUGGGUAUUUGUUACCCUCUUGCCCACCCUAAUUCUAAACAGUGAGAGAAGAGACCAGCCCCUUGGCCCACGUGACUACAUCGGUUGGGGAAUAUGGGGGCUGGGUUUUGCUACAGAGGCCAUUGCCGACCAGCAGAAGUGGAAUUUUAAGAGUGAUCCAGAUAAUGCUGGAAAGUUUAUUCGUCAUGGACUGUGGGCAUACAGCAGACAUCCAAACUACCUGGGGGAGAUCCUGCAAUGGUCAGGGCUGUUUCUGUCCGCUUCCUCCGUCAUGAGGGGACCUCAAUACCUCAGCGCGGUUUCUCCGCUCUUCGUCUGGUUCUUACUGAGACACGUUAGUGGGAUCCCCAUCCUUGAGAAGCAAGCUAUGAAGAAAUGGGGAUCAGACCCGGCUUUUCAGAACUACAUCAAGAACACUCCCCUCCUAUGGCCCUUCCCCAAGUUUAAAGGAGAAUAAAGCAUAUUUACAGCACUUGCUCAUGACAAAUGAAAGCUUAUGUGAAUGUCUGAUAUACACACCAAAGUGAGAGCAAAACCUCAGUCCUAGAUCAAGUUUCUUAGUUAUAACAGUUUCAGUACACCUACUAUCCUUUCUUCAAGAAAUCCUCUAAUACUUUUUCCAUUGAUUCAACUACCCAGUCUUAGUUGAAUCAGUCUUAGUGAUUUUUUUAUGCAUUUUAAAUGUGAACAUUUACAUCCCACCACUUUUAACUCUAAACCCCAAUGCAGUGUUGUUGUUUUUUCCAAAAAUGGCACAAUGGACUGGCAAUAAAUGAAUGUAUUUUACAAACA